UUAAUAUGAUGAUUAUUGAAUAAAGUGGAUGUCAAAUAUACAUAAUAUUUUGGUAUGUAUAAGUAGUAUUCGUUAUUUUUAUAAUACCGACGGCGUCGCAGCUCCUCUUCCUUCCAACGUGGGUGUGUGUUAUGGAACUCUGGGCGACAACCUGCCGCCCCCAAGCAAAGUCAUAUCCCUCAUGCAGAAAUGCAACAUCCUCAAGCUCCGGCUCUACGACCCCAACCCCGACGUGCUGGCGGCGCUGCAGGGCUCCAACCUCCUCGUCUCCUACGGCGUCAAGAACCAAGACUUGGCCGCCAUCGCCGGCGGCGUCGACCGAGCCCGGUCCUGGGUCGACCAGUUCUACGUCCCCUACCAGAACCUCAACGUCGCGGAGAUCAUCGUCGGCAACGAAGUCGUCCCCGGCGACCUCGCCCGCUAUGUCGUGCCCGCCAUGCGCAACCUUCAUGCUGCGUUCAGGAGCUCCAACUUCAGUAUUACAAUCACCACCGCCAUUUCAUCAGCGACACUGACCAACACCUACCCGCCGUCACACUCCGCUUUCACCAACGGAGCUAUUAACGUGAUGGCGGAGUUAGUCGGCUUCCUGAAGUCCUCGGGGAUGCCGCGCAGCAUGCUGUACGUGCACCUGUACCCGUACUUCGCGUACGCGGCCGACCCCGCGAACGUGCGGCGGGACUACGCGUUGUUCAAGGCGCGGGAGCCGGUGGUGGUGGACGGGAACCUGACGUACUACAACCUGUUCGACGCGAUGUACGACGGGUUCGCGUGGGCGAUGGAGAAGAUCGGCGGAGAGGGGGUCCAGCUGGUGGUGGGGGAGACCGGAUGGCCGUCGGCGGGGAAUGGGGAGUUCACGACGCCGGCGCUGGCGCAGACGUACGUGACGAACAUGUACCGCCACGUGGUGAACGACGACCGGACGCCGAAGAACCCGAACAAGGGGCUCGGCGGCGUGCUCGCCUUCGCGUUGUUCGACGAGGACCGGAAGCCGGCCGGAGUCGAGCAGAACUUCGGGCUGUACUAUCCGUCCAUGCAGCCGGUCUAUUCCUCUCCUUUCAGCUGCUGAUCAUUCCUUUUUUAUGGUAUGAAAUGAGCAUGCCCACUACCUGUGCACUCAAAAAGAUGAAACAUAAAUCUUACAUCGAUUGAUAAUAAAAAAAAUUUAAUUUUUUGGAUAUACAGAGAGGAAAGAUUUAUGAACAUUUUUGGAAGUAGUAUUUGCCAGAUUAUAUAUUAUGGGUGUGUAGAUCUGUUAUGUAAUGUAUGCAAGUGGAAUGUAUCCAGAAAUAAAUGGACAAAAGUUAAUUUAGUGGACACCUGAGCUGACCCAGCUCUGUUUGGGGA